UGUCCCCGGGCCAAGAUGGCGGCGCGGUGUUCCACACGCUGGUUUCUGGUAGCUGUGGGGAACCCGCGGCUGCUGGCUGCAGCGGGGAGAGGGGCCCGACCGCCGCGGGAGGGUGUGGUGGGGGCGUCUCUGGGUCGCAAGCUGAGCGUCCUCGCCUUCGCGCCUUCCUUGGGCGCUCGCGGCCCCCGGGCGCUGCUGACAUUGAGACCCGGUGUCAGCCUCACAGGAGUAAAAAGUUACCCUUUUGUUUGUACUGCCUACUUCCACACAAACACCCCUUUGGCCAAAGAAGAUUAUUACCAGAUACUAGGAGUGCCCCGCAAUGCCAGCCAGAAAGAGAUCAAGAAAGCUUAUUACCAGCUUGCGAAAAAGUACCACCCAGACACAAAUAAAGAUGAUCCCAAAGCCAAGGAGAAAUUCUCCCAGCUGGCAGAAGCCUAUGAGGUGUUGAGUGAUGAGGUGAAGCGGAAGCAAUAUGAUGCCUAUGGCUCUGCUGGCUUUGAUGCUGGGGCCAGCAGCUCUGGGCAGAGCUACUGGAGGGGAGGUCCCACCGUUGACCCUGAGGAGCUGUUCAGGAAGAUCUUCGGGGAAUUCUCAUCAUCUUCCUUUGGAGAUUUCCAGAGUGUAUUUGAUCAGCCUCAGGAAUACAUCAUGGAGUUAACCUUCAAUCAAGCUGCCAAGGGUGUCAACAAGGAGUUCACUGUGAACAUCAUGGACACCUGUGAGCGCUGCGACGGAAAAGGGAAUGAGCCCGGCACCAAGGUGCAGCAUUGUCACUACUGCGGCGGCUCUGGCAUGGAAACCAUCAAUACAGGCCCUUUUGUGAUGCGUUCCACCUGUCGGAGAUGUGGUGGCAGGGGCUCCAUCAUCACAACUCCCUGUGUGAUCUGCAGAGGAGCAGGACAAGCCAAGCAGAAAAAGCGAGUAGUGAUCCCUGUGCCUGCAGGAGUCGAGGAUGGCCAAACUGUGAGGAUGCCUGUGGGAAAACGAGAAAUUUUUGUCACAUUCAGGGUGCAGAAGAGCCCUGUGUUCCGGAGGGACGGCGCAGACAUCCACUCCGACCUCUUUAUUUCUAUAGCUCAAGCUAUUCUUGGGGGGACUGCCAGAGCCCAGGGCCUAUAUGAGACAAUCAAUGUGACGAUUCCCCCUGGGAUUCAGACAGACCAGAAGAUUCGCAUGACUGGGAAAGGAAUCCCCCGGAUUAAUAGCUAUGGCUAUGGUGACCACUACAUUCAUGUCAAGAUCCGAGUUCCAAAGAGGUUGACGAGCCGGCAGCAGAGCCUCAUCUUGAGCUAUGCUGAGGACGAGACAGAUGUGGAGGGGACAGUAAAUGGUGUCACCCACACAAGCACUGGUGGCAGGACCAUGGAUAGCUCCACAGGAAGCAAGGCUAGGAGUGAGGCUGGGGAGGACGAGGGAUUCCUUUCCAAACUUAAGAAAAUGUUUACCUCCUGAUAUCCCAGCCGAGGAAAACGGUCCACUGGAAACUAGGCCAGGAGCAGCAGCCUCUUCUGGUGGCCAAGGCACCUCAGAGAUGGGAGGAUUCCUGAACAGCAGCCCUGAGACCUGGCCUACAGAGCCCUCAGGACUGCCUGGCAACAGCAAAACCAUGUGACAGCACCUCUACAGGAAAGGCCAUGGUGGACAGCCCCUGGACAGUAAAAUGUAGCAUCCAGGGACUAGUGGAAGUUUCCUGUCCAUGGGUAGGUGACUUGCCUCUUCUGGCUCAGGCAGGAUAAGGCAGUUGGACUCUUCUUGCAGUACUAAAACUCAAAUCUGGAAUCAAAUGUGGAAAUCUUAGUUAAAAGAAUUAAAGGCCAUGCUCACAGCUUAAAAAUGAAGCCUUAAACUGUACCAAGUUGUGAAGUGAUUAAUUUCUCUCACAGCAAACCUCCAGAGGUCCCAGAAUGAGUCCUUCUUGACAGGUUGGCUUCCCCAGGAACCGUCCUCCGCUAACAGCCUCUGCAGAGACAUCAGUCACUCCUCUUGGAGUUGGUUUUUAAUUCCUCAAGGUACCAAGCCGCUGGAAAGUGGGUGCUGGGGGCCUGGGCAGCCACACUGAAAGGCCAAAGGAUCCUGGAGGUUCUACUCGUCAUUUGUCCCGCUGUCUGGGCAAUGGGAGUGGAGGGCCUCCUGCCGUCCUGAGCCAUGGCAGCUGUAGCUCUGCUGGGCAGACCUGGCUCACUGAGGUAACUCAAAAAGCCUUACCUCAAAAGGCCAUGUCAGCCCAGGGGCCUGGUUCUCCCCACUUACAUGCAUGUUCAGAUUACUCAGUGCUGAGAAUCAUUGUCUUUUCCUAUGUGUUUGAAGAAGAAAGCACAACCUCAGCCAAGAAGGUUGCACCGUGCAGUCAGAGCAAACGCCCUGUCCCUAGACACUGCUGGUAGCAUGUUGUGGUUUCUUCAUUUCAAGGGCCACAAGCUAGAGCUAGCGUAAUGCAGGUUAAUGAAGAACACUUCUCAGUAGUUUCCUUUUUUCUCUUUAUAAUUUACAACAUUAAAGCAUUUGUUAGGGUCUGAUUUAAGAAUGUAAAGUGAUUAUGUAUUAAUGUAAAUAAGAUUAUCUACUGCAAAAGAUAUUUAAAACCUAAA